UGUCUUAUAAGCCUUUUACCCAAUCGAAGACAAAUUCUGUACAACAUUUCAGCAGCAAAAGGGAGCAAUUGAACCCACGCGCCGCCGCAGUUAACCGUUACGAUAACUCUCCCUCGGUUGCUCCACCAGCUCUAUGAAUGAGAGAGUAAAGGUGAAGUCUUUGAAUGCCUAAAUUGUUCAUCAAUGGCUGCGUCGUCGCCUGCCCUAAGUAACAGCGCCGAUAACGCUCCGUCACCGGCACCUGCCCCCGCCGUUCCCACCGCAACCGCUGCUGCUGCUUUUUCCAGCCUUCCGACGACAAACGCAUCAAAAAAUCUCCGAGGGCUUAAUAAACCCAAGUGCAUAAAGUGCGGCAAUGUUGCUCGCUCAAGGUGUCCAUUCCAGUCAUGCAAAAGCUGCUGUGCGAAAGCGCAAAAUCCCUGUCAUAUCCAUGUUCUGAAAGGUGGUUCAACUCUUCCAGAUAAGAUACCAGCUUCUGGGUCUCCUGUGGUUGACCAGCAGUCUACUGAAGCAUCUCACGCUGGGAGUUCACACAGAGCUGUUUCACUUCGUCAACUUUCCACCAAUUUUGCACAGUUCAAUAAUUUGCAGACCCCACUAAGGUCGAGGAGGCCACUGAGCAGAAAGGAUGCACAAGUCAUAAACGAAUGGAGGUUUAUGCAGUUGAAAGAAUACAGGGAGAGCAACAUUGCAGCUGAAAAUGAAGCUUUUGAUCGGUACAUGCAGAAUAUUGGUCUAUUAGAAGAGGUGUUUGGAGUGAAUUCUGCAGAGGAUGAGAAUAAUGAGGAUGGUUCGACAGAAGAUGAGAAUGAAGCAAUGAUGAACCGGGUGAAGCUACAGCUUAGGUCAGAUCCAGUUAGAAUAGAGAAUACCAGAAAGAGGAUGCAAUAUGUCAUAGAUCAGGGAUUGAGGAAGGGGAGGAAGUUGGAGGCAGGUGACAAUGCUACUGACCUUAAUGAUCUAGAUGCACUUGGCAAAAAGAAAAAGGCCAAGACCGCUGAAGCUGAGCAUGUUGCGGCAUUCGCUGAUCUGAUGGAUAAGUUGAACAAAGCUCGAAAUGAGGAAGACCUGAAAGUUUGCUGGGAGAUGAAGUCCCAGCUGUUUAACCAACCUAAAAAAGAAAAGCAAACAGAGCCAGAAGAUGCAGAGGUAUCCAAUGAGCAGAGUUUGAAAACUAGUGACCCGCCAAUAAUGCCAUGGGGUCAUUCUCAACCUAAAUGGUUUAGCACAGUUACUAUUGAUGAUGAAGAACUUCGUCGUAUUAAUGAAGAGUUUGAUUCACUUGAGGAUAUAGAAGAACUGUAACUUUAUACAAUCUUUAGGUUGGGUUCUAAAUUAUGUAGUCAUUAGUUAGGUGCGCGAUUUCGCGGUCUGAAUUUUAACUUUCAUGUUGUGAUAUAGUGACCAGUGAAUGGUUGAGAAGUGGUAGUGCCUGGUGCACCGUUUAAUGGUAGUCCAUUUUAUGGAAUUUGUGAGAAAUCAGUCUUCACCACCUAUUUUAGGUGGCUGUUUUAUUU